GGUUUGUUUACGUCUUUAAACUAUUUCGAGACGAUAACAAGUCAAACACAAACUUUUGUUGUUUGUGUGUGAGAGAGAGGGAGAGGGAGAGAUAGAUAGGGAGAGGGGGAGAGAGAGAGAGAGAGAGAGACAGAGGGCUCGCGCUCGCUCCCACGGCUCGUGCGCACGGACCGUGCCUGCGCUCCCUCUCCUACAUUCAAACAUGGCGAAACUCUUUGACGUUACACGCCCUCGCUCAUCCUCAUCCUCAUCCUCUUCUUCUUCUUCUUCUUCUUCUUCUUCUUCUUCAUCUUCUUCCUCUUCACCUCCAUCACCGUCUUCUUCUUCUUCACCGUCUUCGUCACCGCCUCUAUCUCCGGUACCGUGAUGCCCCGGGAGGAUGGAGAAGUUGUCGGCGAGCCUGUCGGAGAUCACCUGGAGCCCGUUGGCGCUGCCGCUGGACGCGGUGGUCAGUAAACACCGGCUGCCCACCCUGGUCCGCCUGGCUCACGGUGAAUGUGUGGAGGGUCUGUCGGAGGAGGAUGUGGUGCUGUUACACUCCUGUCGUCAGUGGACCACAGUGACGGCCCACAGCUUAGAGGAGGGACACUACGUCAUUGGACCCAAGAUAGACAUCCCUCUGCAAUACCAGGGUAGGUUCAAGUUGUUGGAUGAAGACCGGGACGUCAGGGACCCGGUCCAGUAUUUUUCCAGCGUGGAGGAAGUUGCCGGCGUCUUCCCCGACCGGGUCUUUGUCAUGGAGACGAUCACCUUCAGUGUCAAGGUGGUCUCGGGGGAGUUCAGCGAGGACAGUGAGCCCUACAGCUUCACUCUGCAGGCUGGAGAUGAGCUGUCACUCAUGGGGAAGGCCGAGCUCCUCUGUGCCACGCCCUCAAAGGAGAAGACGGGACUGAGCGCGCUCCUGAGACGCCUCGGAAAGACCCCUAGGAGUAAAACUCCCUGCCUGGUCUGUAUGAACCAUCGCACCAAUCAGAGCGUCAGCCUGCCCUUCGGCUGCCGGGGACGCUUUUGCACACGCUCCCCUCUGGAGCAGGGCAUGCUGGGAGGGGAGCACACGGUACGCAGCAUCAUCGAGAGGGUUCGCCUCCCCGUCAACGUGUCGGUGCCUUCGCGACCGCCACGGAACCCGUACGACCGGCACGCGGUGCGAGAGGGCCACCGCUACAAGCUGCUCAACAUCGUCAGCAAGACGGUGGUGCUCUGCAUGGUGCUGCGCCGACAGGAAGUGUCCCCCUCCCAUUUCCUGCUGCUGCGCUGCAUGCCCAGGUUCAACGUGGCCGAGGCCUCUGUCCACACGGCGGCGCUGGAGAGUCUUCUGCUGCGCCACGCGUUCGACCCCGACGCCUACUCGCGUGCGGUGAGGGAAACUCGGCCGGAGCUGGAGUGUAUGACGGAGGAGUGCACGAGCCCGCGGCGCUCACGCAUGUGUGGGUCGGGUCAGGACUCGAUGGCGCCGGCCCUGCAGCGCCUUUCAAUGUGCGGGUAUGGGGGCGGGGUUUCGGACAGCCUAUCACAGCGCUGCAGGGACUCGUUUGGAGAGAGAAUGGGGGAGGGACCAGGUGAGGAGAGGGAGUAUGUGACUCCUGAGUGGACUGAAGCCGAAAUGAGGACCAGUGAGGAGAUCCCUUACGAGGAACUCUGGACCAAUCAGAGCGCGGAGGGCUUGGGGAAGGAGCCGACCCUCAUCUCCUUCCAUUCGACUUCCUCAUUGGACGGCUCUCUUGGUACCGUGGUGACCAGGGUGUCCACGCCGCCGCCUGUACCUCCAAAAUCUGAUGCUGUGAGAGAGGAGUGCCGUUACUUGAUCGCCCCUCCGGUCCCCCCGCGCUGCUCUAAAGGGGGCUCCAUCUCCAGCCCGGUGCCCAGCCCCCCCGUCCCACCUCGAUUCCCCAAGAACUCCACCUCCCCCAGACCCAACCUCUCUUUCUACUCCUCUGGACUCCACGGCAGCUGCUCUCCCUCUCCAGACGCCUCCUUAUACUGUUACCCGUGCUCCUGGGCCGACUGUCCCGCCCCCAGCCCCGCCAGUCCUGAGCCCGUCGCCGCCAUCUCUGCAGACAACACAGCCAAUCCUCAGCCAGCACAGGCUACCUGGGCGGAGCCGUGGGCGGAUUCCUUCACCUCCUCCGGACCCCGCCUCAGGCCGCCACCUCCACAGAGUCGAUUCGCUCCCUUUGGGGCGUUGAACCCAUUCAACCGCCAGUCCCCGUGCCCCUCGCCUGAGCCUGCUCCCAAUCCCACAACAGAUGCCUCCAGAGGUGCAGAGGGUGGUGGGACAUCUGUAGUGGUCAUUGAGGGGCUGUCCCUGUCCCCUGACACCUGGCGGCCUCCUGCGGACCUCUCUGCCCUGUCAUUGGAGGAGGUGUCGGCGUGUCUGCGGUUCAUCGGCCUAUCGGAGGCAGCGGUGGCCAUUUUCCAGAGGGAGCGAAUAGACGGCAGCCUCCUGGUGCAGCUGACAGAGGACAUCCUGUCACAUGACUUCCACCUGAGCCGACUCCAUGUCACCAAGAUCACACAGUUCAUACAGGGCUGGAGGCCCAAGAUUUAACACACACACACACACACACACACACACACACUGACCUGAUAAUGUGCCUGUUGGCUGCUGAGCCGUCCUGAAUGUGCCUUCCACUGUGACCAGCUGGCUGCUGAGCCCGAUGACUGAAGCUGAGACUGAAGAAAACCACGCCACCCUGUGGUCAAUCGGAGACACUUGACUGGCUCUCAUGCUGAGACUGGGAAACUAUAGUUUACUAACAAAUGGCUACCACAGAGAGCUGCGUGAUGAAAAUGCCUCGUUAAUAUAUGGAGCAAACAGUCCUCCACAAAAUUCAUGUUCAUGCUCUGAGUCAUAAGAAAGAUUUUAAAUUAAGCUUAUAGAACAACUUUUGCUAUUUGUCUGGCCUUCAUGCAGUGACAUUGGAGAAGGGAUCGACAGUUAUUAUCUGUUGUCUGACCUCAAAAUCCUGAACAAAACUAUUUGAAUUCAUAUAAAUGAGAAAAAUGUUUCUUUACUUGACAAACAAAAUGGUCCAGUUUCUUCCAGAUCAGGGGACAGACGUGUUCUUCCAGAUGGAGGCCUGCUCUAUGAAUUCUACAUAUGCAGUAUGUCCAGAUGAAUGAGAGGUAUACGUGUGAACUAUACCUCCAGAGUGGUACUGAGGAUAAGGAUGCUUUACAACCAGGGACUGUAGCCACAGCUGUUAUUAAGAGAUGGUCUGAGUUAGACAGAUAACUGUGAAAAAGCUGUUUUAUGUUGAAUAUGUUUUUAUUAGUUCUUGUGAUUCUCUUAUCGCCACCACACAUGCUGCUGUUCCAAUCCUCUUUAAAUUCCACGUUCCCAAAAUUCCCAAAGGCUGAUCACUGGGGCCAACUUUCACACAACUGACCCCGCCUUCCCACACACACCCACACCGACACACACACCGACACACACACAUUACCUCCUCCUCUGUCUAUACCACGCAACAUUGAUGUUCCCUCCAAGAUCAUGCAACUGCAAGGCCACUGUAAGAAGAGCAAUGAAGAAAUACAUGAGAAUAUAAAAUAAAUAGAAACUUAAUGACCUCUGAAAAUCAAGUUGUUUUCUCUUUUUCUUUUGGACCUGAUGGUCGUGGGGAGUCGGAGUCUGGAUCGAGUGAAUAUAAAUGUGGUUUUAUAAGAGUGAAGGGUUUUCAGCCUCUGUUUAGUAAGAUAUAAAACUAGAACCCUUAGUUAUGAGUUUGUCAGUAGAGUUUCACAGAGCUCCACACUCACCUCGAGCUCACAGAAGAUUACAGAUUAUCAUUGUGCCACACGCUGAACAUACCCAGAGGAUCCACAAGCUGGAGCACUAGUCCCAUCUUCUUGGCUUCAUCUGCCCUGAGGUUCCUGCCUAUCAGCAUCAUGUAACAACGACUCUCUCUCUCUCACACACUCCAGGCAGCAGGCCCAGCAGGAUGUCUGGUAUUCCCAGGAUUGUGUAAUGUGGUGAUUUGGUAGUGGAGGGUUAUUGUAAACUCACAAUAAACCUUCAGACGGAUAUAAUUUAACAUUUAAAGAACUUUUUUUUUGUCGAGCUUUGUCAAUUUUGCACUUUGGAAGUUUGCUGUGGGAGAAUAAA